GAGAGAGAGGGAGGGAGGGCGCCCCGGCCCGUGAGGUCCAGCGAGAGGCACAGGAAAAGGAGGCGAGGGGAAGCUAACAGCCGGGCCGGGGCUGCGCACGGCGGGCUGACCCGUGAGUGCCGGGGCCCCCGGAGAGGACGGGCGAGAGUCGAGGGACAGAAAUCAUGUUUGAAGAAAGAAGGCUGACAGGUCACAAACGUGGUGGAGGAUGGUAACCGGCCGUCAUUCCACGCCCGGAAAGGAAUGGUUAUCCCAGCAGGUCCCGGCCUCUGCCUCACCCACGCCACUGUGAUCCCGCGCCCCUUCAUCAGCCGGGGCAGGGGCACCCGCUGAGCUGCCCCCCCCCCCCGCCCCCGCGGCGGCCAGGAAACAGCGAGGAACCAGCCAAAUCACCAAUGUUGAAAACCCCAGGAAAUGGACGUUUCUGAGAAAUCAGAACUCCCCCAGGAGGGAGGGGCCUGAGCGGUCCCAGCAGCGGCAGCCACUCUGCUCCGGGCUCUGCCUCAGGACACAUCCGCCUUCUUCACCUGGGACCCCACCUGCUCCCCAAAGAUGGAGAUGACCAAGGAGGAACACGAGGUGACCAACCUGGGGUAUCCCCAGACCCCGGGGCCCGUGAUGUCCACCGUGGUCCACGUCCAGGCGGACACGGUGGUGCGUGACCACAUCGUCUGGUCCCUGUUCAACACCCUCUUCUUCAACACCUGCUGCCUGGGCUUCGUGGCGUUCGCCUACUCCGUGAAGUCUAGGGACCGGAAGAUGGUGGGAGACGUGAUUGGCGCCCAGAGGUUUGCGUCCACCGCCAAGUGCCUGAACAUCUGUGCGCUGACCUUUGCCCUUCUUGUGUUGGUCAGUUUCCUCAUUCAUUUCAUCGUUGUAUCUACUUCGAACAUUUCCAGGCAAUACUGAUGUCUUAGUGACAGAGGCCACUGGUACUUGCCUGUAGCCGAGACGGUCAUGUGUUCCCUGCGUAGACGCACAGGUGUCUACAAUGGAGUUCAAUAAAGCACAUGUAUGUGAAA